AUGGCGCCCAAGGACAAACAGCCGCGCGAAGAAUCCGUUGAGCGCACCACUGAAUAUGAAGAGUUCCUGGACAAAUUAGCAGUAUACCACGAGAAAAGAGGGACCAUCCUCGACCGCGAACCCAAGAUCGGCAGUCGCCAUAUCGACCUGUUGCGCCUGUACAAGCGCGUCAACGACGAGGGUGGCUACGACAAGGUUUCGGAUACCAAGGGCAAUAAGCUUGCCUGGCGACGCCUGGCGGGCGAGUUCCUCCCUGGCAGCGCGAACCUAACCACACAAGCGUUCCUAAUCAAGACAGCUUACUACAAGAAUCUCGCUGCCUACGAGAUAUCGACUAUUCACAAGCGCGACCCGCCGCCCAAAGAGAUUCUAGAGGACGUGUCUGCAAAAGGCGGCGAUCUGUUGACCCGUACCACUGAGAACUACUUCCGUCCUCUUAGCAGGGAAACAGAACGAUUGCGCGGCGACGACGAGUCGGAAGAUUCGGAAGGCGACGGUGAAACGAAGACCCCGCGCGAAAACAAGAUGGACGUGGACGAUCCAGGUAGCCAGGGGCGACGCUCUCUUCGCCAUGCUCCGCCGCAGCGUGUCCUCUUCCAACCAGAGGUCUCGCGACGAGAGACCCGCCAAUCCACUGGCAAUAUCAACUCGCCUCAGCCCAAUGGCGUCUACGGGAGCAGCGGAGCUGCCAUGACUAUCGCCAACUACGAGCCGCGGACGAAUGUCCCUUCGAAUAUGAAACCCGUGAACACACCGUCGAACAAUCCUGAAUACUUUAAUCAACUGAAGAGAAAGUACAUCGUCAACAGGAAGAACAGGCCCGUGCCGCUUAAGGGCAUGAUGCUCCCUGGUACGGGGUUUCCUGGCCCAAACAUAUAUAUUAGGGCCCUGCAUGCGCUACAGUCAAAGGAGCCUGAAGAGGAGGCUUACGCUUUGCACCAUCUGGUCAAAAUUUCGCACGAACGUGGUGACAAGUAUCGCUUUGACCAAUUCCCUGGUUUGGCUGAGGCACUCAUUGAAAAGAUUAUACAAGCUGCGUCUUUGUACUACGACGUCCAAUGGGAGAUAUCGUAUGUUGAGGAAGAUCUUGACAACCCAAGCGUCUUGGACGGCCUUAGCGGGACCAAGGAUCUCUUGCGACGGAUACAAUCGCUGCGGACCUUGGACAGGCGAGACGAUCUAUUGCCGGAUGAAGAGGCGAAGUCUCUCAAUAUGAUCAACGAAGCAGCUCUCAUCUUACGAAAUAUGGUUAUGCUCCAGGAAAACGCCUUCCUUGUUUCAACGAUACCAUUGACGAAAGAUUUGCUUGUGAUCCUGCUUAAUCUGCCAAACCAUCCCACAGCGAACGAAUUGCAGCAUUAUGCGCUGGAGAUCGCGGAGCAAACAACAAAAUUUUGGGAUCUGGAAGCCCAGAGUCCCUUGUACCAAUCAUUACUUGCUCAAGUUGAUUGUGAUGAUCGUGGAAAGAUCAUAACAUCAUUAAGAGCGCUAGGCCGGAUCGCGAUGAACCUCGAGGCUACCAACAAGCUCACUGGUGCCCCCACAAAAAUCCUCAAGUCCAUCUGUGACUGGCUACUAGUCGAAGAUGAGGAGCUUCGGAUUGCUUGCCUGGAUUUCCUUUACAUUUUCACUGGCUUCGCCGAUAACGUCCAGAUACUGGUCGAUGAGAUAGACGUCGAAGUCCUCGUGAGCCAACUGGUUCGACUGCUUCAAUUUGGCGCUCAAGCUUUUGAAGAGCGCCGGAAUACCCCAAAGGCUUCAAAAUCUUUAUCGCAUGCGGAUGAUGCACCCAAGCUAUCUUCUGCCAUAAUAGAACAGCUGGUCGCUCUUGAUGAGCCCGAACGCAGUUCGCAGUGGCUACGAACGUGCUACGAGGAAGACUCCACAGGCGAGAUCACCCAGAUACAGCUGUGGACUGCGUACAACGCAGCCUUCUCAGAGAUGAUGCCGAACAACCCAUCUUACAAACAGCUCAUGCCGGCGAAGGACUUCAUUACGAAUGUGUCCACAACCUUUGUGGGUGCUCAAGCGCAAGUGAUCACAACAACCAGUCCACCAAAGUACACGAUCAAGGGCAUUCGCCCUCGCUCGGUUCCGGUGGACCCUGCAACCAAGAAACCCUAUCUGCGCUGCUGCUGGCAUCCGCCAAGCCUACUGAAUGGCGUCUCAGACAGCAAGCAUUCGACAGCGAAGAUCGAAUGCGGUGAGUUCACAUCUGGAGUCAAAGCCAUGUGGGAGCAUGUAGUGUCUUCGCAUUUCAAAGUACCGCGCGACGAGUCCGGAAAGUGGCUGUUAGAGCAAAAGCCGGACAUCAACAUGGAGAACGGUGAUGCGAUCAGCACUUCCAAAACAACCAAAUACUUCUGCCAUUGGGGUGGAUGCACACAUUUCAACCCUGACGGCACAGAGUCCGCUUAUGACGCGGGCCAGCAUAUCAAGACGCAUCUCCCUGAUACUGGCCUCUUACACGCCAUCCAUGCCAAGCAUAACCGUACGCCAUCAAACUCAGCACCGCUCACAACGUCCGCACAAGUCCGCCAUGAGAACUUUCAGCCGCAGUUCAGCCAGCCUGUGGGCCUAGGCAGCUUAGGCAUGGGGGCAAGGCAUAACGACAAAUUCGGACAUAGCGACCGGCCUGUUCCGACAGCUCAGAUGCCCGCUCAAACGCCCGCACCCAAUUUUAGGUAUUACAACACAGUGACCGAUGAGACGAGUGAUGCUGCAGGUCUCCCACUGUCAUCCAUUUUAGUCCUUCGAAACCUUGCACGCCAACUUGGAAAGCUCCCACCGCCCUCGUCUGUACACGAGAUUCCCGAUUCGCCUGCGCACAAACGCACGUUCAGCGAAUCGAGUCCAGAUCACCGACGAACCACUGGCGGGAAGAAGCCAAGGCUGAGCGACGCCGCGAGGGAGAAUAGAGAUCGAGAUAUUCUGAGGGACGAACAAGACGAGCAGGAAGCAAGAGCUGCUGGCUGGGUUCCCAGAGUCUUCACACCUGUGAAGGAACAGCUUGGAUUCGUAAUGGCGCACAAUUUGACACUGAGGAACUACAUGGGGCCGCUUUUCAGAGCCAUUGCUGAAGGCGGGGUAACAAAAGUCACUAGCAAUGCGUAG